AUGUUGGAUGGAAAGGAACAUAGCAAGAAGGAACUCGUCAAAUUGGCUGGGUGGGCAAAUACGGACAACAAGGCGUUCAAAAAGCUGAUGAAGUGCAUGAAGGACAUGGGUCUGAUUGAGCAGGGAGGAACGGUUCAGUUUGCUGAUGUGUUGUUCCCAGGUGGAAGGCCUGAGGAGGACACAGUUGCCAAUACUUCCGAUGCGUCUACCUCUCGUAAGCGCAAGGCUGACGAUGGUGAAUUGGAAGAAGAAUCAAACAAAAAGGCAUCCGUCGACAAUUAG